AUGCCUGGAUGUCUCAUUAUUGGUAAUGGCGGUCGGGAACAUGCUUUAGCUUGGAAAGUUGCUCAAUCCAAGCUUGUUGAUCAAGUUUUCAUUUCUCCUGGAAAUGGAUGUGCAUUUCCUGAUGCAGAUAUUGAUCCUAAUGCAUCUGGGGAUAUUGUGUAUUUCUGUAAUCAGAAUGAUAUUGGUUUGGUCAUUGUCGGCCCAGAAGCUCAGUUGUCUCGAGGAAUCGUGAAUGAAGUUCAAAGUUCCGUCGCUAUCUUUGGGCCAACAAAGGCAGGAGCUAUGUUGGAGACUUCAAAGGUUUUUGCAAAAAACUUUAUGAGACAAUAUGAUUUGCCUACUGCGAGAUUCAAUGAAUUCUCGACGAUUUCUGAAGUGCAACACUUCAUUUCAAACUGUAAUUGGAAUGGGGUUGUUGUUAAAGCUGAUGGACUUGCAGCUGGUAAAGGAGUUAUUGUAGCAGAGAACAAAGAAGAAGCUUUCAAAGCUGCUAGCAGAAUGUUAAAUGGGGAGUUUGGUGAUAGCGGGAAGCAUAUUGUGUUGGAAGAACAGUUAUCAGGAUAUGAAGUUUCAGCUCUUUGUUUUGUUGAUGGAAAGAAUUUUCAAAGAAUGCCCUUAGUGAAAGAUCAUAAAAGACUUCUUGAUGACGAUAAAGGCCCCAAUACAGGUGGAAUGGGAGUCAUUGGUCCCAUUGCAGUUCCCAGCCAUGUGGAAAAUGAAAUAAAUAUGAUAAUCAGAAAAACAAUUGAUGGAUUAUUGGAUCAAGGCAUUGUCUAUAAAGGAGUUCUAUAUGUGGGUUUAAUGAUUACAACUAAUGGACCAAAAAUCCUUGAAUACAAUUGCCGUUUCGGUGAUCCAGAAACUCAGAUAUUGAUGAGAUUACUGAAAUCGGAUUUAUACAACAUUUGUUUGAAUUGUAUAAACGGAUGUUUACAACCUAUAGAAUGGAACGACAGAUUUGCAUGUGGGAUUGUGUUGUCAUCUCAGAAUUAUCCUUAUUCCGGUGAUAAAGGAACAGAAAUAUCAAAUAUUCCCAAAUCAAGUGACGAUGUUGUAACAUUUCAUGCUGGAACUGCUAGGAUACAUGAUAAAUUAGUAACAAAUGGUGGGCGCAUCUUGUGUGUUACAUCACUAGGGUUACUACCAGCUUCUGCUCGAACUUCCGCAUUAGCGGUAUGCGAGAAAAUUCAGUUUUCUGGAAAAUUUUUCAGAAAAGACAUUGGCAGCAAGUACGAAGAACCUCGUAUUUAUGAUUCUAUCUCAUACAGUGACUCAGGUGUUGACAUCAAUGAGGGAAAUCAGUUUGUGGAGAAUAUCAAGUUGUACAUACAAAGAACUAUGAAACCUGGAAUGAACCAGAUUGGAGGUUUCGGAGCUGUAGUAGACCUGCCAAAGUGUGGCUUUUCUGGAGAUAUUCAACUGGUUCUCGGGAUUGAUGGAGUUGGAACUAAAAUAGAAAUAGCUGACCAGGUGAACAACUACCGGUAUAUUGGAUAUGAUGUCGUUGGCAUGUGUGUGAACGACGUUUUAUGUCAUGGAGCAGUUCCACUGGCUUUCUUAGACUAUUACGUUUGUGGACACUUGAGAAGAGAACAGGCUCAGGCUAUUGUUCAGUCGAUAUCUGAGGCUUGCAUUGAAGCUGGAUGCACUCUUGUAGGUGGAGAAACAGCGGAAAUGCCUGGUGUGUACGGAAAUAAGCAAUGGGAUCUUGCUGGUUGUGCGGUAGCUGUUCGUCAAUCCAAUUGGCCUUUGUUACCUUUAUCAAAUAGUAUUGAACCCGGUGAUAUGGUGAUAGGAUUAACUUCAAACGGACUACACUCUAAUGGAUUUUCUUUAGUACGAAAAGUAUUUUCAUCCAACAGAAUAGAUUUUUCAACUGUGACGCCAUGGUCGAAUAAAACAUUUGGAGAAGAAUUACUGUCGCCAACAAAGAUUUAUGUUCGCCAACUGAUUGGAUUACUCAAGGAAGGAAAGAUCAAAGGAUGCGCCCACAUAACUGGUGGAGGUAUAAUUGAAAAUUCUGUUCGAGUCCUAAAUAGUAAUGGACAGGUGGCAUUAGAGGUUGAUGCUAGUUCAUGGGAUAAGCCGGCUAUAUUUCACUGGUUAGCUAGCAUGGGUCCAAUAGAAAAUGAAGAAAUGUUGAAAACAUUCAAUUGUGGGAUUGGAAUGAUACUAAUAGUAUCACCAUGCGAAACGAAAAAUGUGCUGUCUAUGCUCGAAGCUAGCCAUGAGCAACCCAAAAUUAUUGGCAAAGUCAUACCAAAAAGAGAUAAUGAUUUGAUCAAAGUUACAAAUCUGGCUAACUCAUUCACAAGGAUAUCUGUUGAGAAAAGGAAACAGAUACGUGUAGCCAUACUAAUAUCUGGAAAUGGCACAAAUAUGAUGAAAUUAAUUGAAAAUUCUCAGAAGCCUACCAGUCGAACUGAGGUCGUAUUGGUUAUAUCUAACAAAGCAGAUGCUAAAGGACUGACUAAAGCUCAACAAAAAGGAAUUCGAACUAUUGUUAUCCCGCAUACAAAAAUUCGCGAAGAAGGCGAUCUUAAGUUAUCGGAGGCUUUGCAAAUGGCUUCCGUUGAACUCAUUUGUUUAGCAGGUUACAUGAGAUUGUUAUCAGCCGACUUUGUUCAAAAAUGGAGAAACAGGAUAAUCAACAUUCAUCCGUCUUUAUUACCAUCUUUCAAAGGUGCUCGUGCGGUCAAUGAUGCUUUAUCUUUUGGUUGUAAGAUAACUGGAUGUACAGUUCAUUACGUUGAUGAAGAACUGGAUCAUGGCCCGAUAGUCAUGCAAUCACCAGUUGAAGUGGCUGAAAACGAAACUGUAGAUAGCUUGCAUGAAAAAAUACAAGAAAAGGAACACGAGCUGUUUCCUCUAGCCAUGCAGUAUGUUGCAGAGAAGCUUCUGUUGUAA